ACUAUACAGAGUUUUCACAGACUUGUCUUUUCUGUUUUCUCUUUCCUUAUCUUUUGCACUUAAAACAAUCACUAUUUUCGUUCUUGUAUGGUAGACCCCAACAGAAAAGAUGUAUAUGUGUCAUACCAUGGUGUGAAUGAUCUAAGACGCCUGUCAUCUGCUGAAUAUUACGAUAUGAAUGGGAAAUAUGAAUCGACAGAGACUAGAACAAAACCGAAAGAAAAGAAUAAAUGUGGAAUAGAUUGAAACCCAUAUACCUUCUCCAAAAAAAACUGCAGUUCUCGAACGUUACAAAGCAUACAUAAUAUAUAUAUGCUACAGCACUUUGAUACGUUAUCUGCUUUCUACAGUUUCCAGACUGCAAGACUGCGAUGGUGCAGCCACUUUGGGUCUCAGCGGGCAAUCGAAAAUGCUGUCAACAUUUUACACAACGGCUCAAAAAAAAAAAAAAAAUACAACUAAAGUAGAAGAAAAACAGGAGAUAAA